AUGCGCCUAUGUCGCUUUAGCUUCUGGAUCCAAUCUGACCGCUGGAAAGUCGAAAAUUCACUCUAUCAAGGAGAAUCCGACUAUGCCCAAGCUGGAGCUCAAGCGCUCAUAAUGGUAGUACGACUAGCACACUCAAUUUACAAAGCCAUCAGGGAACGCACUAACAUCCAGGACGUGACAAUCUACUCCGAUUCUAAGAUCGCUCCCAGCUGGACAGCAGCAGUGCCUGCCCAAAUUUCAGCCGGAGUUCCGGUGUAG